GGUGCCAGGGCGGCGGGGGCGGGGAAGGCGCGCGCCUAGGCAGCUGCGGCAGUUGCGCGCUGGGAUUGCGGCCGUGCGGCGGGGCCGAAUUCAGCAUACAAUUGAAAUAAAAUGUCAACCUCCUGGAGCGAUCGGUUACAGAAUGCAGCAGAUAUGCCUGCUAACAUGGAUAAGCAUGCCCUGAAAAAGUAUCGGCGAGAAGCCUAUCAUCGGGUGUUUGUGAACCGAAGUUUAGCCAUGGAAAAAAUAAAGUGUUUUGGUUUUGACAUGGAUUACACACUUGCUGUGUACAAGUCCCCGGAGUAUGAGUCUCUUGGCUUUGAGCUUACUGUGGAAAGAUUAGUUUCUAUUGGCUACCCUCAGGAGCUGCUCAGCUUUGCUUAUGAUUCUACAUUCCCUACCAGGGGACUUGUGUUUGAUACACUAUACGGAAAUCUUUUGAAAGUUGAUGCCUAUGGAAACCUCUUGGUCUGCGCACAUGGAUUUAACUUCAUAAGAGGUUCUCAGGUAGCUGCUCAGAAGAGACCAGAAACUAGAGAGCAGUAUCCAAAUAAAUUUAUCCAACGAGAUGACACUGAAAGAUUUUACAUUCUGAACACACUAUUCAACCUACCAGAGACCUACCUGUUGGCCUGCCUAGUAGAUUUUUUUACUAAUUGUCCUAGAUAUACCAGCUGUGAGACAGGAUUUAAAGACGGGGACCUCUUCAUGUCUUACCGGAGUAUGUUCCAGGAUGUGAGAGAUGCUGUUGACUGGGUUCAUUACAAGGGCUCCCUUAAGGAAAAGACAGUUGAAAAUCUUGAGAAGUAUGUAGUCAAAGAUGGGAAACUGCCUUUGCUUCUGAGCCGAAUGAAGGAAGUAGGGAAAGUGUUUCUUGCCACCAACAGUGACUAUAAAUAUACAGAUAAAAUUAUGACGUACCUGUUCGAUUUCCCACAUGGCCCCAAGCCUGGGAGCUCCCAUCGACCAUGGCAGUCCUACUUUGACCUGAUCUUGGUGGAUGCACGGAAGCCACUCUUUUUUGGAGAAGGCACAGUACUGCGUCAGGUGGAUACUAAAACUGGCAAGCUGAAAAUUGGUACCUACACAGGCCCCUUACAACAUGGCAUCGUCUACUCUGGAGGUUCAUCUGAUACAGUCUGUGAUCUGUUGGGAGCAAAGGGCAAGGACAUUUUGUAUAUCGGAGAUCACAUUUUUGGGGACAUUUUAAAAUCAAAGAAACGACAAGGGUGGCGAACUUUCUUGGUGAUUCCUGAACUUGCACAGGAGCUGCACGUCUGGACUGAUAAGAGCUCGCUUUUUGAAGAGCUUCAGAGCUUGGAUAUUUUCUUGGCUGAACUCUACAAGCACCUUGACAGCAGCAGCAAUGAGCGCCCUGACAUUAGUUCCAUCCAGAGACGUAUUAAGAAAGUAACGCAUGACAUGGACAUGUGCUAUGGGAUGAUGGGGAGUCUGUUCCGCAGCGGCUCCCGGCAGACCCUCUUUGCCAGCCAGGUGAUGCGCUAUGCUGACCUCUAUGCGGCCUCCUUCAUCAACCUGCUGUAUUACCCCUUCAGCUACCUCUUCAGAGCUGCCCAUGUCUUGAUGCCUCAUGAAUCAACGGUGGAACACACUCAUGUAGAUAUUAACGAGAUGGAGUCCCCUCUUGCCACCCGGAACCGCACAUCAGUUGAUUUCAAAGAUACCGAUUACAAGCGGCACCAGUUGACCCGGUCGAUUAGUGAGAUUAAACCCCCCAACCUCUUCCCACUGGCCCCCCAGGAAAUUACACACUGCCAUGAUGAAGAUGAUGAUGAAGAGGAGGAAGAGGAAGAAGAAUAAGGAGGAAAACCAAAACUGAGCAUCCAUUAAACACGUUUUGGCAGGACUCACAGGAGCAAAGGAUAUCCCUGUUUGGGUUCUAGUGGGUGGGGGAGCUCCAUCAAAGGUACAUCUGCGAAGUUUCUGAAGACCUUAAAAUACUCUAAUCAUAGAUACUUUUUAGUAGUUUUGUCUGCACUCUGCAAAUGGUGCACAAUUGUAAUGGAGUCGGUAUUGGAAGAAAGCAAGGGUGAAGCUGGGCUGAACUGCUGCAGAAGGCUCCAUUGUGGCUUGUGACACCGUUUCCUUGUGUGGUUUCAUCCUCAGUGUGUAUUGGAUACACCAGGGCUAGUGAAGAGUAUCCGAGUGGAACAAGGGUGAGGGGAAGAGGUGAUCUGAAAAUGAUGUUUGUUAUGUUACAAAUUGUGCUCUUAAUCCAAAAUCCAUCCUGAAAUUUUCAGUGCAUUACACAGUAUUGUAUGUCAGUGGAGAAAUAUAUUGUUUCCAUUAUCAAAUGUGGUCUUCUGUUAAGGUCAAGGUUCCUUUUACAAGCUUUGAAGUGGCCUCAGUGCCUGUGGGCAGACUGAAGGCUUUAGUGGUCUUGCACAAGUGUUUGGUUUGCUCCAGGGCUCGCCUGGAAUGUACUGCUGUGAUUCUGUCUUGAGGUGAAAGUCUUCAUCUAAUCUUACAUUUUUUUGAUAGUAGAAAUGCGUCUUAUCCAAAAAUGAUCUUUUUCUCAUCUGGGAUGAAUCUGUAGAAAGAAUUUGGCUGAAAGAGGACAAAGGAGCAAGCCCCGUGAAAGAGUGUAACUGAGUAAAGUCAUUAGCAAGGGCUAGUGUGGUUCGUGCCAUCACGACUUCCGGCCUUCCUUGUCCUCUAGGGUAGACUGUUUUCCGCAGUCAAGCAUGAGAGGAUGGGAAGAAGGCAUGUAAGUCAGAACCAUACUAAAGCAGAGGGCACAAUCAGUGUGAAUAAAUGUACUUCAGAAUCCCAAGAGAAAUCACUUGUUUUGAACAAGAGAUCGUCACUGUAUCCGGGAGGGCACCAGGCUGCCUCGCUGUCACAUUCACAGUGGCUACAGCAUCAGUUUGAAUAGUAGUGUAGACUUUCACUUUACCUUUAUAUAUAUUCCUUCCAUUCUUUCUGGUGAACACAGAGGGUAGAUUAGUUGCUCUAGAAUUCAGUACAGUCUUUUUCUAAUACUGACUUUGACCCCUUCCUGCACACAGCUUUAAUAACUGUUGGUCUUCAGGUGGGUGUAGGUUUGGCCAGAGACAUCACUUUGAUAUUCUUUUAUAGGAAGGGAUAAUACAGCACAAUUGAUGGCUAAAUAGCACCUAAAUAGUCCUCAAAACUUUUUCAUGGGAAGUUUUUUAGUACAGGACUAGGUGGUGAAACUUUGUAAAAAUUAUUUUAUAGGUAGGGAACACAGUUCAGUAACAUAGCCAAGACUAUAUUAUCUCACCACUUUCAGGAUACGUGGGCUUUACAUGAAGUCAUGCCAACUUUCUAACUGGUAUAUACUAGGAAUAUAUGCUACUUUGAAAGUAAUCAGGUUACCAGUGCUGUUGCAAAUAGCAGUUAAAUACAGACCUCUUUUAAAAUUUUAGAGGGUCUAUUUGUGGUCACCCCAUGUAUUCUUCUCUAAGUAGAGCUGUUGCCCAGUUUGGUUCAGUCUUGUAUUUGUUCAAAGCCAAAUAAUGUUUAAGUGGCUACAGCUGCAGAGCUAACUUAUAAUAGUACAUUUACAUAUUUUCCCUCUUAGAGCAAGGACCAUCAUGAUCACUUUGCUUUAAUUUACCACACUUUUUGUAUUGUGUUAACACAUAAGAUCUUACCUGUGUAAGAGUUUCUUUUUAGCCAGGUAUCUGGCAGUGGGUCCAAAGAUCAAAAAGAAAAACGCACAAUUGGAAGAAGAAUUCCACUGCUGGUCAGAGCUUUCUUCAGGACCAGCAAAACCUUUCUUGAAGAGCUAGGAUUCCAUUAAGCAUCUAAGCCCCAGAGUUUAGUGUUUAGGUGGUCCAUGGGCAGGCACUCAGGGUAGAUAGAGUUAAACUUGCUAAAACAUGAAGGUGAGUUUCUCUGUUGCCAACAGUUAGGGAAGCUGAACUUAAAGUUUUUGUUUUGUGUUUUUAGACCUGAGGCAUGUUAGAUGGUGCAAACACAGAUCUCCCAACCCUUCAAAAUCGCUUCCUUGGGUAUUUGAAAAGCACCAGACACCCCUUCUUGGUUGUUAGACUGAACUUUCAGUCUUAGGGCAUUUACAGGGUUGACAGGGACCCUGGCACAGCCAGCAGCUAGGUGCAGCAGACCCCAGCCCUGCUGGGUUCCCUUUUAAGAGGGCUUGCCCCCUACAUUCAUCUCUAGCGUUCUAUUUCAACCUUAGAUUUUUCUCUUUCCAUAAGCAUAGCUCUGCUCAGACCUAAAAUAAAAAAGCAAGCCCUUCAAGCCACCCUUUCCAAGUUAGGAUUAAAGCUACAAAUCCUUAGUCCCAUUACUGUUUUUAAGCAACUACUUUAAAAAGCCACUUGCAGUGACAUGUCAGACUUUAAAAGUACUUUGUUCAUGUUUAGAUAUUUCUAAAUCAGAUUUAUUUAUUUAAGAAAUAUUUUGUCAACAACUUUAAAGCCCUGCGAUUUUUCCAGGGCUGCCGGAGCAUUUAAAAAUACUCCUACUCCCACAAAUAGCCUGAGACAAACAAGUGCAUAUCUAAGUCUGCAUUAAGGGUGGGAGCCUUGUACACAUUCCGUGUUAUGGAAACUAUUUAACCUUUCUUUGAUAGUGGAAAAAAUGGUAACUGUGGCCCAGCUAUCACCAUGCAGUCAGUGGCCCAAUUCCUUCCUUGGUUUCAAAGCAUAGGCCUGAAUAUUUAGGUUUCUCGUGACAUUUUUUUUU